AUGACCACACCUAACAAGACACCUCCUGGUUCUGAUCCCAAGCAGUUGGAAAGAAGUGCGACCAUAAGGGAGACCCGCUCUCAAGCUCUUUGGUCACUCUCAUCUUGCAAACCAGCUUGUGAAGUGGAUAAAUUACCAUAUGACAAUCUAGAAAUUUACUGGCAAUCUGAUGGUUCUCAACCUCACAUAGUUAACAUCAAAUUCAGCAACUUGAAUUGGUAA